AUGGUGGGAAUGAAAAGAGAGAAAGGAGACUGCGGAAAAGCAGGUCCGCCUGGAAGAAAAGCAAGUACACCAAGAAAGAAAUUAAAGAGUUAUACAAGUUGUCAAGAGGUUAAACAGCUAGGCAAACUACUGAGUGGCGUGUACACUUUGGAUGUUGGAGAUAGAUUGGACUCGUUUCAAGUGUACUGUGAUAUGUCGACAGACGGUGGUGGCUGGACAGUGUUUCAGAGACGACAGGACGGUCCUGUCGACUUCUACCGCGGAUGGUCUGACUACAAAAACGGAUUUGGAUACUUGAACGGAGAAUUCUGGUUGGGAUUAGACAAAAUACACAGACUGACAAAGCAGGCACAGAUUCUUCGAGUAGAUCUAAUGAAUUUCAGUGGCCGUCGAGUACAUGCUGACUACAGAAGGUUUCAGGUAAGUGAUGAGUCGAGUAACUACACUCUGACCUGCACAUCAUAGAGUGGAAACUCCUGUAAUACAUUGUUUUUGCACAAUGGAAUGGCCUUUACGACUAAAGACAACGACAAUGACAAGUGGAGUGCCAACUGUGCCACUAGCUAUAAAGGAACUUGGUGGUACAGUAGCUGUUAUCAUUCUAACUUGAAUGGUCUCUACUUUAAAAAUGAAAAUUCUAUUAACACCAGUGGAAUCGUUUGGAAUACUUGGCAGCACGGAAUUCCUUUCAAAUUUACAGAAAUGAAAUUGCGUGUUAGUUUGUAAAUGACAUCUACUGCUACUUAUAAGAAAGAUUGAUAUUAGCAGAGAACGCACGAUACUGUAAGUCGAGUUGCAGUAGCAGCAGAUAAAAUAAAAGUUUGUUUGUGUUUGCGCCUGCUACAA